GCGCGCUCUCGUUAACGUGUCGCCAUUUUGAUUCGAAAAUUAUGACUGAGUUUUUCCUGCCUUGCAUGCUAAACUUAGCCCCUCGUUUGAAUUACUUUGUGCGUGAGUACGACUUGUACCCUCUACAUCUGAAAUAACAAAUAUCUCCGUUAAUGUCAAGUAGCCAUUAACGAGAGGGAAUUGUUUAUUUGAUUGUCUUCAAAGCCACAUUUGACUAACGUUAGCUAAGUUGAGCUAGCUAGCAGUAGCCUGUGCUGUCGCAGACUGACCCCUUCUUCAAAACAAAUCACUAUUCGUUCACGGGCUAAUGUAUGUUAGCCAACACAGCUAGCUUGUAGUUAGCUGGGCAGCUAGUGACUUAGUAGCUGACUGCUUGACGACAAACUCCACUAAAAAUCAAACAGGGAAGGAAGGAGUAGCGGCAGACUUUCAAUCAAAGGUUAUGGUGAGCCUCUCCGCGUCUCAUCUCCUAAAGAGGCCUGCGUUUUAAGAGGAGACCCAUGCUGAUAAAUGCCAGGCCUCGCCACACUCUCUGUUGUCUGCACAAAUACAAAUGCCUGCCUGCCUGUGGGGGAGGUCUGAUUAAAGAUAUCCACAUUUCAUCCACUGGGCUGUGUCCCCCAUCCCAGCGGCCACCAUGUUUUGGAAGUUCGACCUGCACACCACCUCCCACAUUGACCAGCUGCUGGACAGGGAGGACGUGACGCUGAGAGAGCUGAUGGAGGAGGACGACGUGCUGCAGGAGUGCAAGGCCCAAAACCGUCGACUGCUCCUCUUCCUUUCCCAGGACCACUGUAUGCAAGAACUGGUCAGCCUCAUUACCACAGAGCCGCCUGCUGACCUGGAGGAGAGGAGCCGCUUCAAGUUUCCCAAUGUUGCUUGUGAGCUCCUUACCUCAGACGUGUCCAUUAUAAAUGAUAAGCUUGGUGGAGAUGAGUCUCUGCUGGAGGUGCUCUACCACUUCCUGGAGCAGGACCCGCCCCUCAACCCCUUACUGGCCAGCUUUUUCAGCAAAACCAUCGGCAAUCUUAUUGCCAGGAAAACUGAACAGGUGAUUACCUUCCUAAAGAAAAAAGAAGGCUUUAUCAGUUUGGUGCUCAAACACAUUGACGCCUCUGCCAUGAUGGACCUGCUGCUUCGCCUCAUCAGUUGUGUGGAACCUGCCCCUCUGAGACAAGAUGUUCUUCACUGGCUGAAUGAAGAGAAGUUGGUACAGAGACUCACAGAGCUCAUCCAUACUGGCAAAGAUGAUGAGAGACAAUCAAAUGCGUCCCAAACGCUUUGUGACAUUAUCCGCCUUAGUCGUGACCAGGCCAAUCAGAUGCAGGAGAAUGUGGAGUCUGACCCACUAUUGGCUGUACUAGAAUCGCAGGAGAGUGUAGCAGGGCUUCUCAAAAAUAUGUUUGAGGGGGAGAAGAGCGAGGCCUCCAUCGUUAACGGAACUCAAGUGCUACUUACCUUAUUGGAGACCAGAAGGUCUGGGUUGGAAGGGUUAAUGGAUCUGUAUUCUCAGGGUUAUGAAAGGUCUUACACUGUCAACAGCAGUAUUUUAAAUGCCAUUGAGCCCCAUUUAAAGGACUUCCAGCAGCUUCUUCUGGAUCCCCCCAAGAAAAGUGCAAUAUUGACAACCGUUGGCGUUCUUGAGCAGCCACUGGGGAACGCCCGCCUUCAUGUGGCCCGGCUGGUGGCCGCCCUGCUGCAGACCAGCGCUCCCAGUAUCUGCCAGGAGCUCUGCAAUCUUGCCACCAUGGACCUACUACUGGAUCUGUUCUUCAAAUACUCCUGGAAUAACUUUUUACACUUCCAAGUGGAGCUGUGCGUGGCAGCUAUCCUGAACCAUCCAUCUUCAGAGGAGCGGCCCAACCCAGGCCUGCAGAACCACGACGGAAAGCCUGCAGCGUCCAACUCUGAGGUGCAGGAGGAGGGAAUGGAGACAGGCGGAACCAGUGACCCACAGACCUCUCUCCAUAAUACCCUGGUGGCACAUCUCUUCCAGAAUUGUCGGCUGGUACAGAGGAUCCUUGAUGCUUGGGAGGAGAAUGAUAAAAUACAGACUGAGGGAGGCACCAGGAGAGGCAACAUGGGCCAUCUGACCAGAAUUGCCAACAUGGUGGUCCAGAAUCUGGAGAAAGGACCAGUCCAGGCCCAAAUCGCUGACCUCAUCAAAGAGCUGCCAGAAGACUGCAGAGGUCGCUGGGAGAGCUUUGUAGACGAGACCCUGAGAGAAACAAACAGAAGGAAUACAGUCGAACUUGUGAGCACCCACAACAUGCACUCAUCCAGCGAAGACGACGACAUGGAGAGCCCCUUCCCCAACGAUCUGUCUCUUCAGCAGGCUUUCUCAGACUACCAGAUCCAACAGAUGACCGCCAAUUUUGUGGAUCAGUUCGGCUUCAACGAUGAGGAGUUCAGCGAGCACGAUGAAAAUAUCAACGCCACAUUUGACAGAAUUGCCGAAAUAAACUUCAAUCUUGAUGCUGAUGAUAAUAGUGCCAAUGCAGCAGCUUUUGAAGCCUGCUGUAAAGAGAGGAUACGCCAAUUUGACGAUGCUGAAGAAGAGGAGGACAUUUGGGAGGAAAAAGAGAUCAACUAUGCAACACAAGCUAAAUCCAGAACAAGGUUUGGGGUCUCUCAAACCUCAGAGGGAAGCUCCAGGAACAGCAUGGAAAAUGGAGGCAGGGAGCGGGAUCGUGGGUCUGAAUCUGAUGAGGAAGAAGAUUCUGAGCAGAACACAUCAGACAUGGGUCCCGGCUGGAAGGCGGAUUUCAGGGAUUCUGGAGGAACUGUUGCAUCCCAAACCUCACCAGGGUGGGAGAAUUCAGGUGGGAGUGAAGCUGAAAAGCAGGAAACGGGCUGGGCCAAUUUCACCGAGUUCCAGCCUUUUACCGGUACAGAGACUGAUCCCAGGUGCAGCUCACCUGUAGACGGCACUGACGCAGAUAAACAAGCCAAACAAAACCACGAGAAGACUGCAGGAGUGAGUGCCUCGUCAGCGGGAGAAGGGAGGAAGGCUCCGCUUGUGGCCUCAGAUAGCAGCUCUUCUGGGGGAUCUGACAGCGAGGAGGACGACAAGAACGCCGCCGCCCCUCCCUCUGUAGCCGUCGCCUCGGAAUCGCCCCCCAGCAACAAGACAGCUGACCUCAAAAGUGAGGAGAAUCCAGUUUCUCUGGAGAAACUGUCCCUGUCAGAUCCUCCUCCAGCUUCCGAGCAGCCUGCUGAGGACUCGCCUGCAAACACACAGACCGAUAGGAAAGAGGAAGCGCCACCAGCCCCGGAGGUGUCGGUCAACGGGCCGGUGUGAGGACGAGAAACACAUCAGCAACGUUUCCACGGGCUGUCGGCCUCUUCCAGAGUGACCUCCCCCUCCCCCUCCCCCCCCUUCCUCCUUAAUAACCUCACUGCAACUACGGUGUUUUUACCGAAUCACUCUGCCAUGUUAUUGGACCCGGACACUGCCAAUCGACACCAAUAAUGAGGCGGGGCAGAACUUUAAUGAGAAAAAAAAAAAAAAGAGUAAAACCAACAGACAGGAAGGAGGUUAGAGGAAUCAUCUUCAAAGCCUUUUUUUUUCCCGAUCUUUGCACAUAAUUACGUGCGAUUUUAAUGUAGCAGCGAUCUAUGAAAAAACAGAAUCCGAGGGGUAACAUCAUCUGUUAUUUUUUUAUGUCCUGAAAGAUUUUUUCUUCUUCUCCCCACUGUUAGGGAUUUUACAAGGUCACCCCUGAAUGGAUAGCACAGGCUAACUUUUAACGAUGCCUCAACAAUAAAUGCCUGUUUUUUGAGAACUUUUCUUUCUCUCCAAGCUUAAGAAGAAAAGCACUUAUGCAGCCAUUUUCUGUACAUUAUAGCACAAUGUAAGUGUUCAUCUCUGCUGGCUGUCUUAUCUGUCCUCUCACCCAGAUCAAGAUCUCUACCCAUCCGUUUUAUUUUUGUUUUUGGUUGCUGUUGAUAAAAAAAAACAUACCUUGUUGCUGUACAUCACCAGGUUUGAAUGUUUUGAAGUGCUUAAGGAGGGUCUGUCGAAAAUGAUGAGGAGGAGGAGGAGGAGGGGACGGGUCAAACAGAGCUCUAAUAGUAUUACUGUCUUGCUCAUGUGCAAUAAUGUCAAUUAACCAUUUUAUUUAAAAAUAAGAAAAUUCAAUAUUUUUCUUGAAAAAAAAUAUUUGGAGACAUUUGGUGUAGUUUUGGCAAACAAAUUCGGACAUGAUCUCAAGCCGAGGUUUAUGAUUUUUAAUUUUUUUUGUUUUUAGUGCAUGUAUAACCAGUUCUGUUGACCUAGCUAGUGAGCUAAGACCUUCUGAUUGUAAUGACCUUUUAAGUUCUUAUUGUUAUCCCCCUUAAAUCAACCAAACAUUAUCUACCUAUAUACAAAUAUUAUCUACAUUUAAAAGUAAUUUUACAAGAAAUUUUGAGAUUACUAUUGUCUGUUCCUUUUUUCUUUCUCUCCAACAAGCACUUGCAGAGCAUGGGUGGUAUCUGGUAAGAGUGACGCUGUAUGUUGUCUUUUAUUUUUAUUUUUUCCGUCGAAGCAGCAGGAUUGGAAGGAGUGCUGGUCUGGGUUCUGCAGAGCUCCAGGUCUCUUUGGUGUAUUUACUUAAAUCAUUUGACAGCGAUCAGGUUCUACGAUCAUUGUUAAA